AUGUCGUCUUUCAGAACGCCCAAGGUGAGCCUAGAGCCCGCCUCGACGUCCGACCUGCGGACGCUGCCCGAAUUAGUCGACUUCCACGCCGAAAACAACCCAAAGCACUUAUUCUGCCUCCAAGCCGAAGCAAAUGCGGCUGGAAACGGCCACAAUUUUGUGCCCCUGAGCUAUGAGACGCUACAGCGCGCCAUCAUCCGCUGCCAGGCAUGGCUUAAGGAACAGACGACUAGUCUUCACCCACCCAAGACUGAAGCCGAUGGUAGCGUGAAGAAAUGCGCCCCCGUUGCGGUGCUCAUGGAGAGCCAUGUUGGCUUGGUCCUCUGUGUGCUCGCCUGUAUGGGCAUGGGCGUGCCGGUUAUUCUUCUGUCGGCGCGUCUGAGUGCGCCUUCCGCGCGACAUCUCAUCCGCGAAACGGGUGCGAAGCUUGCUCUUGUAUCUCCCCGCCUAAUACCUCUAGCUUCAGAGGCGGUGGGUGCUGAAUACCGAGAUGAAAAAGAUAUGCAUGAUGAAAGCGUGACGAAGAUCCGCUCUGUAUCCGGCUACAAGUCAUUUCUUGCAGAUGAGCCCGCAGAAGACCAGAAUCGCACCCUUCGCGUGGCCGAUGCGGAUCAUUACGUUUCGGAAGAUGACCGCCAGGUUCUCAUCCUACACUCUUCAGGGACCUCGGGUCUCCCAAAACCGAUACCUUGCUCCCAUAAAUAUUUUCUGAGCUACGCCACAUGCCACAAUUUCGAAUCGACUACAGAAGCUCAUGGACUGACGGUUUCUACACUACCCUUCUUUCACACAUUUUGCGCCCCUGCAUCCUCAACCCUUCCCAACGGUGCCAGCGUCGCAGCCCUCAUAGAGGACUCCCAAGCAAAGGCGCUAUUGACAGUGCCGUCGAUCUUGGAGGAGAUUGAGGGCUUGCCAGAUGGCAGAGGACAUAAAAUCCUUCGCAAGCUAGAUUACGCGGGCUUCGGUGGUGGCAGACCCAAAACCUCGGUCGGGGAGAGGCUUGAACGUUCGGGCGUGAGACUCGUCGGCCAGUACGGCGCGACGGAGACCGGUCCAAUGACACCAUUUUUCGUGCCCGGCAAGGAACACGACUGGCGUCGACUACAACUGCGUGCUGAUAUACUCGGGCCGCUUCAAGUGAAGCUUGACCUCAUCGAUACAUAUGCAGAAGGGAGUGCGCAGGCUGAAUCCGAAGCCGAACGAUCUUACAGCUACAAGUUGAGCAUGAAGCCGUUUGGAUGGCAGGAGCGCUUCGAGCUGCAAGAUAUAGUCGUGGCACUCACGGAAUGCGUCUCGGCUAAUGACGUCGGACAGCUGGAUUUCGUGAUUGCAGGCCGCAAAGACGACUUGAUCUGUCUUGCCACCGGAGAAAAGGUGAGGCCAACGAUAUUGGAAUCACUGCUCAGACAGCAUGAAGACGUGAGAGACGCAACUGCUUUCGGUGAAGGACAGUUCGAACUCGGUGUCAUCGUAGAGCCUGCCAGACCCGUCGGACCCGGCGAGGUGGACAGGUUUAAGGCGUCGAUCUGGCCAGCAAUCGAGGAAGCAGGCCGUCAAAUGGAUUCCCAUGCAAGGAUUACGUCGCCGACCGCGAUUCUCGUCGUCGCUCCCGAGGCGCUCCCGAGAUCAGACAAGGGCACCGUUCUCCGGAGCGCAGUGUCAAGGAAGUUUGCCGAUGAGAUUGCGGCAGUCUACCGUGAUCUUGAGGCCAGCAUGGUCGCACCACCAAUCGAUCUAUCCUCGCCUGCGUCUCAUAUCAGAAAUCUCGUUACCCAGGACGUUCUGGGGCUAAACAACGACCAUGAUAUGCAGGACGACAACGAUUUCUUCGCACGCGGCAUGGACAGCCUUCAAGCGACGAGACUCAGAAGGCUGCUGACGGCUUCACUGCGCGCAACACAUGCCGCCGCUGAGCCUGGGACAGCCAACGUCCUCGCCACGGAAAUGAUCAAAGAUGACAUCGUCUACCGCAACCCUUCUGUAAAUAAGCUGGUUGAGGCACUGGUUCCCAGUUCGUCCAAGACAAACGGAGUCAUUACCGAAGCAAAGCUUAUCGAACAGCUGGUGUACAAGUACUCCAGCAGAGGCGACCAACGAGAGCAGCGGAAAGCCGUGGUGUUGCUUACAGGCGGCACUGGCAGUCUCGGGUCUUUCUUCGUUGGGCGGCUCCUUGCGGAUGAUAACGUGAGCAAUGUCAUUUGCUUGAACAGACCUGGGAAAGGAUAUCCCAAAGAAGCUCAGAAACGUGCGGUGGCUCUAAGAAAAAUCUCUGUCGACAACAACGCUUGGAAGAAGUUGGAAGUUCACGAGACAAACACUGCAGAUCAGUGGCUUGGCUUGCCAGAGGCUGGGUACCUGCGUCUCGCGGCUAGGGUAACUCACAUCGUACAUAUUGCGUGGCCCAUGAACUUCAAAAUGGGUCUGCAGUCGUUCGAGGCUUCAUUCUCAAGCUUGCGAAACCUCAUCCAGCUAGCGCGUCAAGCGAGCAUUCACCAGACACGGAAGCCAAAGCUGUUACUGAUAUCCUCCAUCUCUACGGUGGGGAACUAUCCGUCAAUCAAAGGAGAGGCACUGAUUCCUGAAGUGUCCGUCGAGGAUGAAAGCUGGACGCUAAAUCUCGGUUAUGCCAAAGCCAAGCUUGUCUGCGAGAAAAUCAUCGAACGCACGGCACAGGAGCAUCCCGAGAUCGAGGCGGCGGUGGUCAGAGUCGGCCAGAUUGCCGGCUCUAGCACCGGCUACUGGAACGCUUCUGAGCACUUUGUAGCCGUUUGUGCUUCGUCUCAAAAGCUUGGGAAAUUCCCCGACCUCCAUGGAACCUUGUCAUGGCUGCCAGUCGAUUUGGCUGCCAAAGCCCUCAGCGACAUUCUCUUCCAUCAAGAACCGCUCAGUGCAAUCUACCAUCUAGAGAACCCAGCCCGGCAGAGCUGGGAGGAAGUGGUCAGGCUGAUGUCUGAGGAACUGCGGAUAGGCAGCUCAUCCAUCAUCCCGCUCGAGACCUGGCUCAACCUAGUGGAUGCUGUGCCAGGACCAGGCAAUCCUGCUGCAGGUCUCACACAGUUUCUCGGAGAGGAUUUCGCCAAAAUGUCGUGUGGAUUUGUUGUCCUCGACACCAGCAAUUCCCGCAACUUGAGUUCGACCAUGGCCAAGAUGACGUCGGUGGGGGAAAACUCGAUUCGGGCAUAUGUCUCCUACUGGAAGAGUAUCAAGCUGUUGGCAUAG